AUGUCGUCAAAAACUCCGUUAACUCAAGGUGAUGGAUAUGGAAUUCUUAUUGGUUUUGGAACGAUCUUUGCUAUGGGAAUGAUUGGAAUGACAAUUUGUUUGCAUCGAUAUCUUGGUGAAGCAACAGAUUCGAGUGAAACAUUUUCGACAGCUGAUCGAAAAGUACGAACAGGUUUAAUUGCUUCGGCUGUCGUUUCAUCAUGGACAUGGGCUGCUACUCUAUUACAUUCGAGUUCAGUGGCAUAUUCGUAUGGUAUAUCAGGACCUUUUUGGUAUGCAAGUGGAGCAACAGUACAAAUUGUUUUAUUUUGUGUUGUUGCUAUUGAAUUAAAACGUCGAGCACCAUUUGCACAUACAUUCUUAGAAGUAAUUCAUGCUCGAUAUGGUCGAUCAGCUCAUAUUGUUUUUAUUAUCUUUUGUCUAUUAACAAAUAUUAUUGUUACAUCAACAUUAUUAACAGGUACAUCAGCUGUUGUUCAUUCUUUGAGUGGAAUGAACAUUGCAGCUGCUUGUUUUCUUCUGCCUUUGGGAACGAUUAUUUAUACGAUGGUAGGCGGAAUUAAAGCUACUUUUCUUACCGAUUAUAUACAUACAGUAGCUGUUCUAAUUAUUAUUCUAUUUUUUGCAUUUACCACUUAUGUUACGUCACCUGUACUUGGUUCACCUUCUAAAGUCUAUGAUUUACUUGUCAAUGCGCGCCAGAUGCAUCCGGUUGAUGGAAAUGCUGAAGGUUCAUAUUUAACGAUGCAAUCGAAACAAGGUGCGAUAUUUUUUAUCAUCAAUAUUAUUGGAAAUUUUGGAACUGUCUUUCUUGACAAUGGAUAUUAUAAUAAAGCUAUUGCUGCUUCACCAAUAUCUGCUCUACCUGGUUAUGUUUUGGGUGGAAUUGCGUGGUUUGGUAUUCCUUUUGUUAUAGCUACUACGAUGGGACUCGCUGCUGUUGCACUAGAAAACAAUCCAAUAUUUCCAACUUAUCCAAAUCGAUUAAGUGCAGCUGAUGUAUCAGCUGGUUUAACUUUAUCAACAGCUGCAGUAGCUCUUAUUGGAAAAAGUGGAGCAAUAGCUACUUUGAUUAUGGUUUUUAUGGCAUGUACGAGUGCUAUGUCUGCUCAACUAAUUGCUGUAAGUUCCAUAGUUACUUAUGAUAUUUAUAAAGCUUAUUUCAAUCAAACAGCAAGUGGAAAGAAAUUGAUUUAUGUUUCUCAUAUGACUGUCGUUCUAUUUGGUCUCGGAAUGAGUAUAUGGUCAAUUGGAUUGUAUUAUAUUGAAAUUAGCAUGGGAUAUUUGUAUUCAAUGAUGGGUAUCAUUAUUUCUAGUGCUGUUAUUCCAGGUGCAUUGACUCUUUUAUGGAAUAGACAGAGUAAAUGGGCUGUCUGUCUUUCUCCUCCAUUAGGUUUUAUUUGCUCUGUAUCUGCAUGGUUAGUUAUGACUAAAAUUCAAUUUAAUUCAAUUAGUAUUGAAACAACUGGAUCAGAUGUAUCGAUGCUUGUUGGAAAUGUAGUCGCUUUACUCUCUCCGGUCGUAUUCGUACCCAUUAUUUCGCUCAUUGCACCUGAUCCAACACCUUAUGACUUCGUUUCAAUGAGAGCAAUUGAGCUAGUUGACGAUGGUCCAAGAAACGCUAAUCAUCCGUCUCUCGGAGAAACAGAACGUGGAAUUGCUUUUUUGACAGGAAAAUUAAAAUUUGCACGUAUUAUAGCUGUCGUUCUCACAUCGUGUCUCGUCAUUAUUUGGCCAUUUCCCAUGUAUGGAACUGCAUAUGUCUUUAGUAAAUCUUUCUUUACCGGUUGGGUUAGCAUUGGAAUUGUUUGGAUGUUUUUUUCAUUCUGUAUUGUCGGAAUUUAUCCAAUUGUUGAAAAUCGUAAGACAAUUUUAUUCGUCUGCAAGAAAAUCUAUAACGAUUUAACGAUAAGUAGACAACACGUCGCCAAAGUGCACACGGACCAUACUAUUUCCAAUAUGCAAAUGAACGUUUUAGCAGUAUCAACUAUUGAAAAUUCUCAUAACGAUAUUUAA